UAGGAUCUUGCACUGUCAUAGGUUGGGAGAGUUCGGGGUCCGUCCGUAACCAUAACAAAAGAACAGAUUGCUUGGCCACAUCCCCUGGAAUACCCUUAGUCACGCCUCCUUCGGUGGCGAGUCCAAUCGCAUAUCAUCCAAUCCGUGACUGACACAUCGCCUACCGCAUUAAGGCGAUGACUUCUGGUAUUGUGGCUCCUCCCCCUUCCAACUGACCAAGGAAUGAACUGUGGAACCAUCCAGUCCAGGGCACACUGUUCCUGUUAUACAGCGCCCUCACAGUUCCAUCUUAAAACUCAAACAAUGGCUUCAGCUUCAACACCGACAUAUAAUUCCAACAACUUGGAAAACAACAGCAGUAAGAAUGCAUCAAGAGAAAGUCUCAGAAUGGAACCGCUAGCGGACGUGCCACAGUUACCAGGGGAAGAAAGAAUCACAGAUAAAGACAUUAUCUAUAUUUGUCCAUUUAAUGGUGCUGUCAAAGGGAAAGUGUCCAUUACAAAUUAUAGGCUUUUCUUCAAGAGUUUUGAAGUGGAUCCUGCCAUGACCUUAGAUGUGCCUCUUGGAGUCAUCAGUCGGAUUGAGAAGAUGGGAGGGGCCUCCAGUCGAGGGGAGAAUUCCUACGGGUUGGACAUCACCUGCAAGGAUAUGAGGAACCUGAGGUUUGCCUUGAAACAAGAAGGACACAGCAGGAGAGACAUUUUUGAGCUCCUCUUCAGAUACGCUUUUCCACUGUCACAUAGUUUGCAAUUGUUCGUCUUUUUAAGUCAGGAGAAGUUCUCUGAAAAUGGCUGGAACGUUUACAACGCCAUUCUGGAGUAUCAGAGACAGGGAUUACCCAACAACAAAUGGAGAAUAACCUUUGUGAACAAGCAGUAUGAGCUGUGUGACACCUACCCUACCAUCCUCAUGGUGCCUUUCAAGGCCACUGAUGAAGACCUGAGGAAAGUGUCAGCCUUCAGGUCCAGAAACCGGAUACCUGUGGUGUCCUGGAUUCACCCUGUGAACCAGGCGGUUAUCAUGCGCUGCAGCCAGCCCCUGGUGGGGAUGAGUGGGAAGCGCAACAAAGACGACGAGCGCUACCUGGAUACCAUCAGAGAGGCCAACGGGCAGACUGCCAAACUCACCAUCUACGACGCAAGGCCCAAUGUCAAUGCAGUCGCCAAUAAGGCCACAGGCGGCGGGUAUGAAGGGGAGGACGCCUAUCAAAACGCAGAGCUGGUCUUCCUGGAUAUCCACAACAUUCACGUCAUGAGGGAGUCGCUGAAGAAGCUCAAGGACAUUGUCUACCCACAGGUGGAAGAGACACACUGGCUUUCUAGCCUGGAGUCCACGCACUGGCUAGAACACAUCAAGCUGGUCUUGGCAGGGGCUAUCCAGGUGGCAGACAAGCUCUCGGCUGGUAACUCGGUGGUGGUGCACUGCAGCGAUGGCUGGGACCGCACGGCACAGCUCACCUCCCUCUCCAUGCUCAUGCUGGACAGCUACUACAGGACCAUGACUGGCUUCCAAGUGCUUGUGCAGAAGGAGUGGAUCAGCUUUGGACACAAAUUUUCUUCUAGAAUCGGUCAUGGGGACAAGAAUCACGCCGAUGCAGACCGGUCUCCGAUUUUCGUGCAGUUUAUUGACUGUGUGUGGCAGAUGACAAAACAGUUUCCUACAGCGUUCGAGUUCAAUGAACUGUUCUUGAUGACAAUUCUGGAUAACCUGUACAGCUGUCGGUUUGGGACAUUCCUGUACAACUGUGAAAGUGUCAGAGACAACAUGGAGGUGAAAGAGAAGACUGUUUCUUUGUGGUCUAUGAUCAACAGUGAAAACAGGAAGUACAUUAACCCCUUCUACACCAAGGAAUCGAGCCGGGUGCUGUACCCUGUAGCCAGCAUGCGCCACCUAGAGCUCUGGGUGAGCUACUACAUCCGGUGGAACCCAAGGAUCAGACAGCAGCAGCAGAACCCAGUGGAGCAGCGCUACAUGGAGAUGCUGGCUCUCCGAGAUCAGUACUUGAAGAAGCUGGAGGAGCUCCAGAUCUCAGAUGCCCCCCGCAUCGCCAACAACUCCAACUCACCUGCGUCCCCCAUGCAGCUGGUCCACCAUGUACAGACUCCGCUUUGAAAAAGUGCAAACCUGUAAAUAACAUGCGAUACAUCACUCUAUACGCCUUCACGUUUAGACAAAAAAAAGCCUUAAACAAAACAAAAAAAAAAAAGCAUUCUCUUCUGAACUUAAGGAGGACCUUCAGUCUGUGCCUUGAUCUUGAUUUCCCUCAGUUCCACCUUUUUAAUGGGUUAUUUGAAGUUGUAUUUAAAUAUAAUGGGAGUGAGGGGCUGUCAAUGAUAUAGAGAAGAAAUUACAUUUUAAAUGAGAUGCCCCCUGCACAAUAUAACUAGCCCAAGGUUAAUUCUUUUUUAUUAUAAAUAGGAAAGCUGUGUUAAGCAGAUAGUGGUGAGAUGGAGAAACAGUUUUUUUACAGUCAUUUUGUAUUUACCUCAGUAAUUUACUGUUAAGUUCUGUAGUUUGUAAAUUUUAGGUAUUUUAUUUAGUGUCAAGUGUAAAGCUCAAUAGUUUUGUAAAAAAAAAAAAAAAAAAAAAAAAGUAGGUUCUUUAAAAAGUAGGCAAGAAGUGGAAUUGAACUUUUGUAAAUGUACUGUUAUAGAACUAAUACCCCUAUAAAAAUGAGAGAUGAUAGUGGAUCGUGUAAUCACUGCUGGACCCUGGUGAUUUCAAUUGAGGGGGGCAGCAGGUUCACCAAUAGCUAUUUAGUUCAUUUAUUUUCUGCGGGGGGGGGGUUACCAUUUAAUGAGAGUAUAUUCUGCCUUAUAGUAAAGUGAACCUAGAAGUACUAUAUUGGUAGGCAGUCCUGGACGUUGUAAAUAAUUCUGAUUGAAGUUAAUUUAAAAGUACUAAGGUUUAGUUUGCUUUGAAGAGGCCUGUAAUGAGAUCUGAAGCUUUGUUAUGAAAGUUUUGGUGAUGCCAGAGCCUCGUUCUACUGCAGUGCAUUGAGCUCCUGAUUUUGAAAGAGAUGGCCGGUUUGUGGGAAUGUAAUCUUUGUGUUUUGAGGUGAAAAAGUGUGGCGUGGAUUGCAUCUUUUAAAAUGAAAAAAACAAACAAAGGUCAUUUAGUGAUGGGACAAACAAGAGACAACAAAAGAAUAUUCAAAUUUAAGAUUUGUAGCUGAAAAUAUCUGAAAAUGCACCGCUGUGUUACAGGACAGUGGUGCUAUUCAAGUCAGUGUCUUUGUGGGCCUCAUUGGUGCUGUUCCUGAAAAUGGCAUCUAACUUCCAGUGACCUUAACUAGAAAACAAAUGAACCUUUAGGAGCUGGAGAACCACACACUGGUAUUACCUUACAUGGUUAGGGGUGACCGUUGAUGUAAACCGGUUUGAAUGAAAACUGCAAUUUUUAGAUUUAGCAAACACUAGGCUAGAUGCAGGUGAAGCCCUCCGUAUGUGUUUGCAAGCAAAACAUUUUGUAUUAUAUUCAGUAUCAUUCUGAUGCUUCUCCUUAAUUAUAACAGUACCGUAUAUCAGGAGUAAAAUAAACCCACCAAAUUACCUGACGAAGCAAAAGAGAGGAACACUGUUCCAUACAGUAGAAUGUGUGUAUUUCAGCUGUCUGUUAAUACAAGAGUUGAAGGUUUUACAAAGUAUUUUUGUUUUAGCAGUAUACAGGGUGGUUCAGAAACAAUGCACCACAGGAAGAGUAGAGUCAUGGGGCACAUGCACUGUAUAGUCUUGAUGAACAAGUGGACUUUUUAGUCACACAGUCCUGUAAUAUUUAAGUACUUAUGUAUGUAAGUCAUGGGCAAAGUGGUCGCGGUGCAGCUGAGGCCUUCCGUGUCCAAAGUUUUGUAUAAAUUACCAUGUUCUAGACCAAAGGAAAAGAAUAAUAUUAUUUUCAUUUUUUCCCUCUGGUGCAUUACUGUCAAACAGUUUUUUGUUUUUUUUUCCUGAAGACCUUUCAAUAAAUGUUUGUUUGAACAUCUGUGCCAGCAUUAAUUAUUCAUAGUCCUCACUGUUUAAGCUAGCUUUUCAAAAGCAAAAGCAAUGUACAGUAAAUAAGCAUGAGAGUGUGCCAAAAAGUGGUUUCAGUGUGUGACUGCCUAUGCUGUUAAGUAGAGCUUGGUCUCUGCCAAGCACUAACUCUGCUGCUACAGAGAAUUCUCUCUGGCCGUUAACACAUUUUCAUUAAAAGCCUACUACUGGACUUGCAUACUAAUCAUGGCUAAAUUGUCCACCUAAUGUUUUUUUUUUUUUCAAAAGCCAUGGAUUGUUUGUUUUAUUAGAAGUGGGUGAAAUUGUAGGUGAGAAUUAGUAAACACUAUUUUGAUAAA